AUGGCAGAGAGCAGAAACGAUUUAAAUGAGUGCAUUCAGAUGACUGACUGGGAUGCAUCAACGGUGGUUGCCGCAAACGUGUCAUCCACCAGCACCCAGAACGGAAACAAUCCAUCGGUCGAAGAGCUCAAAGAAGCACUGGAGAUGGUCACUGAAAAGACUGAAGAGUGUGAGGAAUUACGAAGACAAAAAUGCGAAAUUGAGAAAGAGUUCGAGUUACGUCAAACGUAUAUUGAGGAAUUGAUGGCUCAAACAAAUGCGCUACAGUUACAGCAACAGACUCAAGCAGAUGCCUUCAGUGAAAUGCGCGAGCGAGCAAAUAAAAUCGAUUGCGAAAAGUUGGAGAUGGAAAGAAAUCUGAUACAAGUGAGAGAACAAUUAGAAGAAUCAACACGCAAGAUGGAUGAGCUGAAAGAUGAAAAUAUGAAGCUGGCAAGUCUUUUGAAAAAAUCUGAAUCAGUAUCACAUUCACAUGACGAAGAAAAAUUAGCCGAAAUCGACGAGCUGAAGAAGCGUUUGGCCGACAACGAGAAGCAUUAUCAAGAUGAACUAAGCACUCAAAAAUACCAGGUAAUUUUUCUAGGAAUCUCCAUCGGAUUUUAA